GUUACUUAUUUACAGUCACAACAACAAAGUUUUUUAGUUGCGUUUUCGCCUCGCUGUAUUGCAGCCGCUGAAACUUCGCGCGUGCACUAGCUGUUUUAUCUGUAUUCCGGGGUUGAGCAUGUCAUCGAAAUACCAUGAGGUUAGUCGCGCCGAUCGCCGCGUGCUUCUUUGGGGCAGGCGCUAUGCAAGACUACCGCAAGCUAAUGCCUUGCGCAGUGGCUCGUUGCAGACUUCAAACAACUUUCCAGCAAGGAGCUGAGGUCACCAAAAUUCAAGCUGGGAGCAUACAACUGGCAGCUCUUGAUGUACCCACACCAAGAUAAGGAGCCCCGCACGCACAUCUCUUUGUUCCUGGAGGCUGUCGAUGUCGCAGCAGGGGCACAGCCGCCCACACUAGCAUUCAAGCUUUACGUGAAGCACUGGAAGGACUCCAACAAAGACUCCAUCUGCGAAAGCAAGGAGCCGAAAACCUUCAACGUGAGGUGGGGCUUCAGCGCUUUCUUUCCCCGCGCUCAACUCACGACGGACUCUGGUUUCAUCCGCCGCCGCGAUGGCGCCCUGCUCCUGGCCGCGGAGAUUGAGCUGCCGGCUGGGCUGGCGGCGGCAGCAGGAGCAGCUGCCGGCGGCAGCUGCCGCAGCAGCAGCUCCAGCGCAUACCCAGCUAGCAUCACAGACGGCGCGGCGCGCCAGGACGUUAGCGGUGACCUCCUGGCCCUGCUGGAAAAGCCAGGCUCCACCUCUGACCUGACCAUCGUCGCGAUCGCUGGCAGCGACAGCGGUGCCGAUACGGGAGGCUCAGGAAAUGGUGAGGCACCGGCGGCUACGUGGCUGAAACGGAAGUUAGUCACGGACAAGGGACGGAAGGGCGGCUGCGUGGGCAGCCCGGACACGAGGCGCAGGUUCGACGUGCACCGCGCCAUCCUGGCGGCGCGCUGCCCCUACUUCGCCACACACUUCGCCAGCGGCAUGGGCGACAGCGCGGCCCGCGAGCUAGAUAUGCCGGACACGGACCCGGGCGCGCUGGCGGCGCUGCUUCGCUUCAUCUACGGCGGCGAGCUUGUUGUCGCCUCCCGCGCGCAGGCCCGCGCCGGCCUGGCCCUGGCGGACCGGCUGCUGCUGCCCAAGGCGGUGGCGCUGCUGCGCGCGCAGCUGCUGGCCAGCCUGUGCCCCAGCGCCAUCGCCGCCGACCUGAUGUGGGCGGCUGGGUGCGGCGACCAGGCGGGGCUGCUGGUGGAGCUGCUGGACUUCGCGGCGGAGGCUGCAGACGAGGUGCCCCAGUCCGACUUGCAGCAGCUGGCGGCGGCGCACCCGGGGCUCACGGCGCAGCUGUUCGCCGCCAGCGUGCGCGCCGCCAAGCGCUCGAAAUCUUGAAGGAGGGAGAGAGAGAGUGGGGCAGGAUGUGUAUUGGGGAGCAGUGGGUGUCGUCGCAGAUUGGGUGCGGAUGGGAAGUUGUAAGAUGAGAUGAUGAUAGCGCGGGCCACGGGGAGUGAGGAGCACCGGUGCUGCUGUCACAGGUAUGAUGCCUGCACGGCUUGAGUCUGUGGUUGGUGCGGGUACCGAAUGCCAUGUGAUCAGGGAAAUGAUUUGUAUGUGUGUGUAGGUGAUGGCCAAAGCAUCAACAACACUACUGCCCGCCUUGUACAGCACCGGUACCGUAACGUUCGCCAGAAGUUCCCCGCCUUUGAUGAUUCCCGGGUUGGCAUGACUGCAUGAAUUCCAUAAAGGUGUGGGCCGUGGGGACAAGGCCAUGCAUUUCAUAGGUCAAUCAUUUCGACCCAUACAGCUCAGCAGGUGUUGACGCUGGCAGGGGGGGGGGUAGAAUCUUCCGAAACAGACCCCAUGCCUCAAAUGGAUAGAGCUCAACGAGAAAAUCACGAAUCCGCUUUCAAAAUUGAAAAUGGGUUUCUGGAUGCAAAGUUAUGGCCCCUCAAAGUUGUCGGUCGGUCGGUCGGUCUGGGGUCCCACGAAGUUUUGCACAGGUUCGUGCCAAGUUUUGUUCCUAGCGCUUCUGUCCUGCAACACGCGGCGCAAUGGGUGCAGCUCCACGAUGCGUGCGUAGGUAUACCCCAGGCUCAGCACACGUGCAUAGUUUGGGGCAGUUUGGGGAGCGGCAUGUCGGCAUCUCGGGAGAUGCCUGGGGAACUGGUCAGGGACAAGCCGGUGCCGGCCGGGUUGUGCAUGGUGAACGUGUCAGCACAUUUCACACUACCAAGUAACAUCGGAAUAAGCCGUUGCAUAGCAGGCCAGUCUAUCGAAUACUUGUCGGCAGACGGUUGGACAUGUCUACAUGUCCACGUGUCGGUCGGCCAAAGUGUGUUCCCAAGGCGGAUCAUUUUACAUAGCGAUAGAGCUCACCGAGAGCAGUCGAUUGGCACCAACCUGACAAAAAACUAAGGGGUUC